GGCCCCCUUCCCAUUUGUGGUGGGGUAGGGCAGACUUGGUGGGGGCUCGGUGGGGGCAGGGAGCAUCAGCCCCUCCCCCCAGAUGGGAGCCCCUCUUCUUGGGGAGGUGAACGGCUUUACUCUGCCCCUCUCUCUCUUCCGUGGGGGGCUCCCUCCUCCCCCUACCCCCUUCCUGGGCCAGCGUGGCCAGACCUGCUUCAGGGGCGAGGCAGAGGGAGGGUCUCUGUCUCUCUCUUAGGCGCGACCCCUCCCCGCCAAUACAGACACGUGGGCACCCUCCCCUCCUCCUUUGUAUGUAUGUCUCUUUUUUCCCCCCCAGGUGCCAGGCGGUCCGUUUCCCGCCCGCCCUCUGACCCACUGCCUCCCUGCGAUGCUCCCCCCGCCCGCCUCUCUCUCCGGCCCCUGAGCCCUUGGGGGGCCGCCGCUGCCAUGGCUUCCCCGAGCGACAGCAUCAUCAUCCUGGACGGAGACGACGACGAGGACGACGGAGCCCCUCAGCCGUCGCCUCCUCCUCCUCCUGCUGCUGCUGCCGCCGCCGCCGAAAAGGCAGCCGAACCCCCCGGCCCCAGCGGCGGCGCCCCCCCACAGCUGGCCCAGGCCAGGGGGGGCGCAGGGCACAGAGCCCCCGCCCUGGGGAAGGACCCCGCCAGCCUCAGAGUGGAGAAUGAGCGGCUCUUUGCAGAGUUCAUCGCCUUCUGCUCCCAGCAUACUGCAGACCACCAGGAGGUGAUGCCCUACCUGGCCGCCCGCCAUCAGAAGGCCAGCCCUGACUACCUGGACUCGGUGGAGUUCCGCAACGUACUGGGGCGUUGCCUGACGCGGGUCCAGGCCCGGCCAAGCAAGGUCUACGUCUACAUCAAUGAGCUGUGCACGGUCUUCAGAGCCCAUGCCCAGAAGAAGCUGCAGGCGGCCCCCGACCCCAGCGGCAGUGGCCCCUCUGCCCCUUGCGAGCCCCGGGAGGGCUCCAAGCGGCAGAUCCGCUAUCUGGAGAACCUGCUGCGGGUCUGUGCAGGGGAGAUCCGGAAGCUGCAAGAGCGGGAGCUGGACCUGGAGGAGCUGGACAAUGAGGACUCCGCCUACAUGCAGGAGAGCCGCCUGAAGCGGCGCAUGAUGCGCAUCUUUGAGCGCCUCUGUCAGCUGAAGGACUGCAACAGCCUGACGGGGCGGGUGAUUGAGCAGCGCAUCCCCUACCGCGGGACCCGCUACCCAGAGGUCAACCGCCGCAUUGAGCGCCUCAUCAACCACGACCCCGAGGCCUUCCCAGACUACGCCGACAUCCUCAAGGUGGUGCAGAAGGCCAGCACCCGCCACAGCCUGAACCUGCCCAAGCGGCAGAUGGAGAGCAUGGCAGCCGACGCCUUCCGCGAGGUUGGGAACCGCCUGCAGGAGCGGCGUCACCUCGACCUCAUCUACAACUUUGGCAACCAUCUCACCGACCAGUACCGGCCCAAUUCUGAUCCGGCCCUGGCAGAUGGUGAGCUGGCCCGGCGCCUGCGGCAGAACCGUGAUAUGGCCCUGCGGCGCCUGGAACAGGUGACGUCGCAGUUUGCACAGCUGCAAGACCGGAGCGAGGAGGAGGAGUGGUUGCAGCGGCGCAGGCGGGGGGGGCGUGCCCAGGCAGGGUCCAGCAGUGCUGCCGGGUGCCAGCAGGGGGAGCUGUCCUCUCCCAAGGAGGGCAGCCAAAGUCCCAAGGGGGUAAGCAAAGAGGCAGAAUGGGGGGAAGAGGAGGAGGAGGAAGAGGAGGAGGAGGAGUCCUCGUCUGAGUCAGACAUGGAAGCAGAACUGGAGAAGAGCCUGGAGGACAGAGAGGAUGCAGAAGGGGUUGUGCCAGAUGAGGAGCCCCCUGCCCAGGAGGUGGAGGCUGACCAGCACAUGGACUUGGGGGCACCCGAGCUCGUCCCGUACUCCUCUGACGAGGAGGAGGAGGAGGAGGAGGAGGACGAUGGGGCAGAAAGAGAGGAGGGGCAGCAGCAGCAGCAGGAUGUGGGGCCGGCCCCUGCGGACUCCAGGCGUUCCAGCAACCCACCUGCCCUCGGCAAUUCCCCCUCCCAGCAGUUCUUCCUGGAGAUCGAGGAGGCCCUGCCCCUGGAGGCUGGCGAGACGCCGCCCCCGACCCCCUCUCCUCCGUGUCAGACUGAGCAGGGGGACGACCUCCCGGUCUGCCUGUCUGAGCUGAAGCCUCAGCCGGCCGUCAAGCACAGCCGGUUCCUGGAGAAUGGGAGGCCCCGUAGGCUGGAUGCCACCUCCCUCCACGGAAUCAAUGGGGAGCCCCCCAGCAAGCGGAGCAGGCACGAGCAGCGGGUGUCCAACAGCAGCUGCAUUGAAGUGCCCAGCGCUGGGUCGUCCGAGGAGGAAGACGACGAGGUGCUCCUCAGCCUGCCUCCCCAGCAAAGCCCGGCCCCUGUGGCAGACUCCACGUGCGCCGACUCCCCCGGGCUGGGGCUGGUCACCAGUUCCCAGGGCAGCCCCCAGCAACAGCAUCCGGGGCUACUCCUUGCCAAGGUCUGCAAGACCAGCGUGGCAACCCAGUGUGACCCAGAGGAGAUCAUCAUUCUGUCGGACUCAGAUUAGCCCCCUCCCUGCCGCAACCCUCCUUCAGGUGCUACGGAGGAGGAGGAGAGAUGCACGGACAGACGGAGCGGGGCCAGUGUCUCUUUCAUUGGA